CAUAGAUACCAACGAAGUGCCCGGAUUAUUUUCAAAUGGCGUCACGGUUGUAAUCUUGGAGGAAACAGGGAUAACUUAUUGUACACAAUAAUUUACGAUGGCGCCUUGGAGUAAAGAACCCGGGCCUCUUGGCAAGGCUCAGAAAGAAGGAGACAUUCUCAAGAAACGGGUUGAUCAACUUGUCAAGGAAUCCAAUAAGUUGAUCGGCAACAAGAAGGCAGCUGAUAAGGAAAGUAAAUUGCAGCAGAUGUACCAGAACUGCAUUGAUACCAAGACAUUAGUGCUGGCCCACAAAGAGGCUGUAGAUGGACUUAAGGAGGAAGAUGAAACAAACAAAAUCAAAGACUUUGAAAAGAAGAGAACUCAAGAGCUUAAUCGCGUCAGCGUCAUGACAACGCAAUUGACUGAGACAAUGGCAAAACUGCUGCCAGAUACUACAGAAGAACAGUUCAUCAAAGAGCAUAGCCCAGAGGAAAAAGAGCAGGAUGAUGCUGAGGGUUCCAAAAAGGGUAAGAAAGCAGAGGAAGAUGAUGAGGAUGAGGAGGAAGACGAUGAAGAGGAAGAAGAAGAAGAGGAGGAAGAAGAAGAUGAAGAGGAAGAAGAUGAAGAGGAAGAAGAUGAUGAAGAGGAGGAAGAUGAAGAACAGACUGUGGUCAAGAAGCCCGUCAAAGCAGUGACCCUAGAGAAAAAGAAAGCAGCUGUUGUUGAAGAGGAAGAAGAGGAUGAUGAUGAAGAGGAUGAUGAAGAGGAAGAUGAAGAGGAAGAAGAAGACGACGAGGAGGAGGAGGAGGAAGAAGAAGAGAGGAAGCCAGUUCCUGCCAAGAGAGGAGUGGCUAAGCAAGUAAGAGGAAAAGAGGAAAAGGAGCAUGAGGAAGAGGAUGAAGAUGAGGAUGAGGAGGAUGAGGAGGAUGAUGAAGAUGAUGAAGAAGAUGAGGAAGAGGACGAUGAAGAAGAAAAAGUCACCACAAAAGAUCGUGGGAAGAAAGCAACAAGCAAGGACAAAGCAAAGAAAAAGAUAAAACAGGACAGACAACCGAUUUCCAGAUUUGUGGCCAUGGAUGAUUUUGAUAAGCAGCAAGACGAGGAUCUUAGUUUCAGAAAAGGAGAUGUCCUGACCCUUGUUGCGAAAAGGGAGGAGGAUGACUGGUGGGUGGCAGAGAACGAGGCAGGGGAGAGAGGGCUGGUGCCACCUACGUUCUUACAGGAAUAUGCAGGAGAUGAUGACGACGAAGAUGAAGAUGAGGAGGAUCAUGAUGAAGAAGACGAUGAAGAAGAUGAGGAUGAAGAAGGGGCGUCUCCAAGGCAGAAGAGUGGCAAAAAACUGUGGGGCAGUGUGAAGCUGAUGAUGUCGGACAUGUCAGGAACAUCGGUGACAGACGUGCUCCACGCGAUGGGCGCUGUGCCUUCUGGGUUCCGCAUGUCGGUACUGUGUAGAAAGUUCAAUGAAGGGGACAGUUUCCGCAUGGCGAAUUACCUCACACCCAAGCUUAGCCCCUCCAACCUCAUCUACAGUGACUUGUUUUUUGAUCCUGCCUCCAACAAAAUCCGUCCUCGGUCAACGAGAAUAGAACGACUUGUGACAAUAAUGUCUUGUCAGCAAAUCCCUCCCCCUGGUGCAGGUCUGGAAGUGCUAGGGCGUCAUGUGCGAAUGUGUCUUUUUGACGGACAAAAUAUCCUCAGCAACAUUCACUCGGUGACCGUGGCCUCUGUGGACAAGUCGCAGCGGAUCUGGUCCUUCACCACCAAGGGCUCUGACCUGAUGGACCCGUUCAUGCACGCUGAGACAUUUGUGCGCACCAACAACACAUGUGAUAAUAUUGGAGUUCUGUUUGAGCUCUGUGUGUCCUACACAAGAGUGAACUGAUCCACAGCCCACUGAUGAAGGAGUUUCCUCACAUAGCAGACACACCGGACCUUAUGAAACUGCUCAGGACGUCGUGGAUCGAGAAAUUGAAAGGCGUGAAAAGAGCCGAGAAGCCAAGUUUUUUCAGCGGAUAUGAUCCACUGCGCGACGAAGAGUUUGUGAAGGAAAAGUUCCGCCAGGUGUUCCUCGAGUCCAUCUACCCCGUGCGUCAUCUCGCCGCGCUGCCUGCCUACCGCAUGGGGGACCCGGGCAACGAUCAGGUACGACAAGAGGUCAUCACCAGGUUCUCAGAGGUCAAGCGGGCCGGACAGAGUGCACUCGCCGCGCUGUUGUCCCCCGACCUGGUCUACGAGCCGCUCAUCAUGUCCGAGGUGGCUUACAACGUCAUUGGGCCUCACUGUCUCAACAGGCCCGUGGCUGCUGAAAGUUGAGGACAGGAGCCAGAAAAUGUCAACUCCAAAAGUACAGCAAACAUUUCCAUUGAGAUACUACAUUUUUGCAUCGCCGUAACCGUUUCUAUGUAUUGUUAUUGGGAAAACAUUUGCGCUUGUGCAUGUGUAUUUGUCUGUGUGUGUGUGUGUGUGUGUCUGUGUGUGUGUAGGGUGAUGCCGUUUGUGUGUGUGUGUG